CUUUGAUAAAAUUCAGUAGGCAAUGAUUUAAUUUGGAAACUAAUCGAGCAGCACAUCCGUUCAAGAAUUUUAGCAGUUAAAGUGCGUGUACACGAGAACAAUGUAACCUAAACUGUUACUAGAUUCGGAAAUGCAAACCCUAAUUUCCAACAAACCCAAUUUCCGUUUGAUCACUCAAUCCCGAACCUCAAAUUUUCUCUUCUCAACAACCCAUAAAAAUCAACUAUUUCUGAACUUGUGUUCCCGAAAAUGCAUUUACACCUUCAAGACUCUUACUUUAUGCUCUGCUACGUCGUCUGGCUCGUCAAGUUAUGGUGGUUGGGAUGAUUUUCUGCUCAGUGGUGACUCAGCUCACUCUGGGGCGUCAAAUCAGCUUCACAGUUUUCUGAAUUCCCUUGGAAUUGAUGACAAAAAGUAUGUCUUUGUGUAUCUAUUUGGUUUUGUUUGUGCUCUGGCAAUUUCUAGAAUUAAGGUUUCUUCAAUUGUUGUAUUUCCAGCUUGUGCUAUUGUAUUUGCAGUUGGAUUUUCAAUUGGUUUGGUCAAUGGGGGUCACAUGAAUGAAUUGAAAUUAAAUGGGAAUAAAAGAAAGUUUAAAGAUGAAAUUGUUAGAAGUUCCAUUGAGAAAAUACGGAAUUUGGGGGAUGUUUUUAAUGGUUUUGAUGAGAAGAUUCUGAAUUUAAAGAAUAAUAUCAGAAGAAGUGUGGAGUGUAAUCAAGUUACUGUGAGUGAUUUGGAAGGCUAUGUUAAUGCUAUUGAAUCAAUUAAUUUAUCAUUUUUGAAUGCAAGAGAAGUUUUUGAUGAUUUUAUACAGAAUUUAUUUGUUGAUUACCAAGAAAAGGAGGAAGCUUUGAAUCAGAAGUCAAGUAGGACAAGAAAAGAAUUGGGCGAAAAUCGACUAAACUUCUCUCAAAUUUUUGGUGGUUUUUUGGGAAGGAAGUCAAUUGAUUCAAAGUGCAGUAAAAUGAAAGAGACUGGCAAGAGAGAAUUAAUGGAUGUGGAGGGCAAUGGUCAACGGGAAGAGAACAUCUUAGCUGGGUCUGUCAAAGGAAGCAAUUUAAAAUCUUGGUUAAAUGGAAACAGGAGAAAUGUGAAUGUGGGUCCAUCAGCUAACCCUUUCAAUAACACUGAUAGAAGUCAAGAUAGUGCUGAUAGUUUGGCCAAUAGGACAAGAAGAAUGAAAAUAGUUUCUGAGAAUGAGAAGAUGAAUUUGGCUGCUAUAGAUGGUACUGCUGAAACAGUUUUUAAUGAGAAAGAGUAUGUUUAUCGGAAUAAAAUGUCAAGAUAUCUAAAUGAUGAACAAGUUUAUUUGAAAAUGGAUGACAUAGAUGAAAUUGAAGGAAGGGCAUCUCGUGAUAGUUUAUACGAUUCUCUCGAUUUUAGUGUCAGAAUGAAACAUGUAAGAACAGCUGCUUCUUUUGGGCAUGAACACAAAUCAAGAAGUAUGAAUGAAAAUUUUUUGGAUUCUGAAAGCAGAGAGAUGAGUGAAAGAGAGUAUCAGGGAUCUUCUUUUCAAGAGGCGAAACGGUCCUUCACUAAUCAUGACAAUGGUUCUCCUCCUUCGUCUUCAAUACUUGCUGAUGAUUUGGAGUUCAGUAGGUAUAUUAGAGAAGCAAAUAUUUUGAUGAAAGAAGCUAAGGAAUGUUUAAGGCAGAAAAUUAUUGAUGAUGGUCGUGCUGAGAAUGCACUUUAUAAGUCUGCCAAGUUACUAUUGAAAGCAAUAGACAUGAGACCAAUGAGCUUAUUGGCAGUCGGGCAGUUGGGAAACUCAUAUCUUCUUCACGGCGAACUAAAACUGAGGAUCAGCCGAGAGUUCAGAUCCCUACUUGCAAGAAAUGAUUCCUUUUCAGUCAAGGAGUUGGGAAAAGUACUUGACAAUUUUGAUGAUCAGCUAGAUUAUAAAGACAAACUUACAUCUGCUCUCGUCGGUGCGUGUGAAGAAUGUGAAGAGCUACUUAUUAAGGCAGGGAGAAAGUACAGGUUGGCGUUGUCAAUUGAUGGGAAUGAUCUGAGAGCCUUAUAUAACUGGGGCCUUGCCCUCUCAUUUCGUGCACAAUUGAUAGCAGAUAUUGGACCGGGCGCUGCUCAUGAUGCUGACAAGGUGUUCUUGGCUGCAAUAGAUAAAUUUGAUGCCAUGAUGUCUAAAAGCAAUGUUUAUGCACCUGAUGCUCUUUUCAGAUGGGGUGCAGCAUUGCAGCACAGAUCUCGACUACGUCCAAGGAAUAGUAGAGAGAAGGUGAAAUUACUGCAGCAGGCCAGAUGCUUGUAUGAAGAUGCACUUCAUAUGGGCUCGGAAAAUCCCCAACUACAAGAGGCAUUGUCGUCAUGUAUGUCUGAACUAAACUACUGGUACCGUUAAUUUUAUGUGUAAAACGAGGCUGCAAUUUUAGCUUUACAUUUGGCUCCAGAGCUUUCUUUUCCCAGUCCCCUUUAAACUUCCUCCUUCCGUUGUUAAAUUGAAUUAAAAAACAAACACUUCGAAACAUAUUGAAUCUGCAGAAGGCAAUAAAAUUUGCAGUCGGGAACGUACAUUACCACUCUUGUUCACCUGAUCUGUUAAGCUUUCUGUUUUUUGACUGCAAUAGUUGAGUCCUUUUCCGUGAGACUGUAAAGGAGCUCUGGAAGCAGAGUGUAAUAAAGUAGUGAUACUUGAUGUUCUGCAAAUUGUUCUCUGAUUAAUCAAGAAAUGAAAAAGGGAAGUGAAGUAUCAAAAUAUUAUGGUUCACAUUUAUUC